CCUCCUUUCCGAUUUAAUCGUAAACUCACAAUGAAGGCGUUCAUGCUGAUCGCAGUGCUGGUGGCUCUUUUGGCCUCGGCCACCGUAAAUGCCUCAUGUGGUCGGUGCGCGGAUUCGCACAGCUGCAUCGGUGAAAGGGAAUUCCAAAUAUGCUUCGACGGUGUUCGCGAUCAGACAGUCAACUACACCUGUCCCGACGACACUCCCAUUUGCACGGACUACAGUGUUAUUUGCUUUGCCAACGGUACGGAUGUCCAACGUGGCUGUGGUGAUGUCUCGAAAUGCGGGCAAUGCGCCGGAUUUGCAACCUUCGCCUGCACUUCGCUGACCACCUUUGCUAUUUGCAACAAUGGCGAGGUUUCCGCCAACGAUAUACCCUGUGCUGAGGAUUACGUUUGCAGUGCUUCACAAGCUGCCUCCGGAAAUCCAUGUAUUACCCGCUGCGAAUCCACGGAUGAUGACAUAUGCGAUCGGAUUGUGGAAGCAAAAGAUGAUAGCACUACUACAGCUUCUGAAACGCCAACAACAGACUCCACUUUGGAAUCGAGCACAGAAAGUUCUUCAACAGAUGCUUCCAUGACAACCAGUGAUUCUUCUACCGGAAGUUCUGCUGAAAGCUCCACAGAAACUCCUCCUUCAGAAAGUUCUUCUGUCACGGAGGCCAUCAGCAGCACCGAAGGAACCGCAACAACUCCAGUCUUCAACGAAAUCGUCUAUUGCCAAGGAAUCAGUUCGAUGGGUCGCUAUCCCAUACCCAACGAUACAGUCUGCACCAGCUAUAUCUACUGUGUAUAUAAGAGUGGCAACUGGGCAGGAAUCCUCUAUAAUUGUCCCAAAGAGAAGCCCUAUUUUAACGCAGAUAUAUUCAAUUGUGCAACUGUAAGACCAGCUAAUUCGGGUUGCACCAAUUUAUCCUAAAUAUUUGUUGUAUGCUUAUUUUA